AUGGAGAUCAAGAAGUACACCAAGACCCGCUUUCAUCCGACUCAAUUUCCGGAUGGAAUCAAGCACCAUCGUCAUGGGGUGUCAUUAUCGGCUGCGAAGGUCAUCCGGGAAGCCUUGGCCAAGGCUCUUGUCCCGUACUACCCCGUAGCAGGCCGCCUUGUCUCCUUCGACGACCGCAUCGAGGUGGCCUGCAAUGGCGAGGGCGUUUGGUUUGUGGAGGCGGCGGUGGCUGAUCGCAGCCUGAAUGACUGGGAGGCGAUCCCCCUUAGCGUGGUGAAAGAGGAGCUGCUUCCGAGUUGUCCCCCUCAUCUGAACCAACAAGAAAUGAUACUGAUGAUGCAGGUGACCCAUUUUCAAUGUGGUGGAUUUGUUGUUGGACUCAAAUUCAGUCACUUGGUGUUUGAUGGCAUCGGCGUUGGACAAUUCUUAAAAGCCAUAGGCGAGAUUGCUUGCGGUCAAACUCAUCCCUCUAUCGAUCCAUUCUGGUAUAGAGACACGAUUCCCGCCUCUCCAAUGCUCUCAAAGUCAUCACUUUCACUUCUCACACCCAAGUUUGACAUUGUGAAUUCCAUGUAUGAUUUCUCGAUUCAAACCAUAGAAAGAUUGAAGGAAAAAAUUGCAAAAGAGACAUCCAAUAUCAAUUCACCACCUUUGAGUGCCAUUGGAGAUGUGUGCCUCACCUUUGCUGCUAAUAUUCGUCAUGUAUUGUUCCAACUGCCAAAGGCCGGCUAUUAUGGAAAUUGUGUCUAUCCCUUAACUAUCACAGCAACCGGUGAGCAAAUCAUGCAGGCAUCACUUGCAGAAUUAGUCGGGCUCAUUAAAGAUGCUAAAGAAAGUUUACCCACAAAGUUUAAGGAAUGGGCUUCAGGCAACUUCAAGGAAGAUCCAUAUAAGAUUUCAAUUAGCUACAAUCAUUUGACUUUGUCAGAUUGGAGAUGGAUAGAGUUUUAUGAAACAGACUAUGGAUGGGGAAUACCCAACUCUAUUUCCCCUAAAACACAUGACUUUUCCUUCACUUGUGGCAUCCUUCUAAAGCAGCCUUUGCCUAAGGACGGUGUUUUGGAAGGACAAGUAGUCAUGAAGGAGCAUGAGCAAAGGUUUAUUGAUGAAAUCAACAAAUGCGUAAAUGUGUAG